AUGUGUGUUUAAGUAAGUCCCCCAUUUUGCCACUUCUACAGAGGCAGGCUUUAAGAGUUGUUUUUUCUUUUUUAGAAACGUUUAUAGAAUGAGGAAGUAGUCAUAGCUGCUGUGAGAUACAAUUUGUUUGAGAAGUGACACCAUUGCGUUCAGGGAGCAUUGUGGAUUCUGUCUCCUCCAGUUAAAUUCAUGACUGAAAGUGAACACGACCUUGUUGAGAAAAGGCUGGCGAAGGAUGAGGCAUGGGUGCGCUGCGGUUGGUCCAGGGGCAGAGGGAGGAGCUGCUCCAGGCCCUCUGCCUCGGGGGAUCUGUCGAGGGGCUGGAGAGCGUGAUGGACCUGCUGCUGGCCUGGGGCCUGCUAGCCUGGGAGGACUACCAGGGCCUGAGUGUGCCAGGCCAGGCUUUGAGCUCCAGAGUCAGGGGGCUGCUGGACCUGGUGUGCAUCAAGGGAGAGUCCGCCUGCGGCUUGCUCCUGGCAGCCUGUAGCCGGGUCUUCCCAGAGGCCCGGAGAGCAGCCCUGUCAUUGGGAGGCUGCGAGCCGCCCCAGGAGGGGGGAGAGGCUGGCCCCAUGCCCGCUGCCCAGGCCCUGAGGAGCCGCAGACCGCUCCUGGUGAGGAGCCUGCGGAGGGGCAUCAGCGCGGCCCUGCGAGCCCUGCUCCAGUCUGGGGACUUCACCACCUGCGACUGCGAGGAGGUGCAGCUGCUCCUCUACACACCAUCGCAGCAGGCAAGACGUCUACUGGACCUGGUACAGUCAAAAGGGGAAUCUGCAGCAACUAUUCUGUUACAGCACAUCCAGAAGUCUGAAGGCAGCCCGUCAGCACCUGAAAAGGAGGAACAUCCUGCAGAAUGCCUGUUGUACCAGAAGAAACUGAAAAGUUCACUGUCUGCCCAGUCACACUUCCUCAGCACGUACGGUGGCACGGGGAACCUGUCUCUGGACGACAUCUACACCGAGGCACUGCUGGAGGUGGCGCAGGGCUCCGGCGAGGCCCAGCAGCCCCUGGGCCUGGAGGACAUCCUGGGGCAGGCGGGCACGCUGAACGAGGAGGCGGACACGGUGCUGGUGAGCGGCGAGGCAGGCUGUGGGAAGAGCACCAUGCUGCAGCGGCUGCUCCAGCUCUGGGCCCGGGGCGCGGCCCUGCAGGACUACCUCUUCCUCUUCUCCUUCAACUGCCGGCAGCUAAGCGCAGAGGAGCGUGAGGUCUCCCUCAGGGACCUGCUGUUCACGCAGUGCUGCUGGCCGGACCGGGGUCAGGACACCAUCUUCCAGUACAUCCUGGACCACCCGCACAAGGUGCUCUUCACCUUUGACGGCGUGGACGAGUUCAGGCUGGGUUUCUCAGAUGUGCAUCGGGUUUGCUGCCCCACGCAGUGUGCCCCAGUGCCCAUGCUGCUCUUCAACCUGCUGCAGGGCUCCCUGAUGAAGGGCAUGCGGAAGGUGGCCACCAGCCGGCCCGUGGCUGUGACCCCCGCCCUGAAGAAGUACCUCCGCAAGGAGGUCCUGCUGAAGGGCUUUUCCACGGAGGGGAUAGACUGCUUCAUCAGGAAGCACCACGGCAACCCCUCUGUGGCUAAUCAUGUCCUGGAGGCUCUGCAGAGCAACACAGCACUGUUUUGCCUCUGUCACAUCCCCGUCUUCUGCUGGAUCGUCUCCCAGUGCAGCGGAGAGCUCCUGGGUGGCGGAAGGAGCCCUCAAACUACCACGGACAUUUACCUCAUGGUCCUGCAGCACUUCUUCCAGCGCUGCUCGUCCAGCCGGGCCCGGCUGGGCUCGGACUGGGUGCAGGAACGUGUGGGCACCGUCAUGCGCCUUGGCCGGGUGGCGAUGGGUGGCCUGAGGUCCUCUUGCUUCGUUUUCUCUGGAGCGGAGCUUCAGAGGUACGGAGUGACAGAAGAGGACAUCUGCACCGGGUUCCUAAUUCACACCAAGGACCACUCCUCUCCAGAGAGCAGACACUACGAAUUCCGCCACGUCACCAUGCAGUGCUUCUUUGCUGCACUCUUCAUUGUCUUGAAUAACGAUAUUGGCAGCUCUACCAUUCAAAGCCUCUUCUACCCUCAGCACCAGCAGGAGUCAGUUCUGGCCAAAGUAUGCUUCGGGCCCUGCCUGUCUGCUGGUUCCCCGAAGAGGGGUGCACAGGAAGCUGAAAGGCUGAACCUGGAGAUAACCGCUACCUUUGUGUGUGGGCUGCUGUCCCAGAGGCACCGUAAGCUUCUCCUGCAGGCCUGCCCCGCCCCCACUCUGGACAGAAAGUGCAGGCAAGUGGUGAGAGCCCUAUCCAAGGGCAUGCAGAGGCACUUCAAAUCAAUCCCCCAGCCUAUUCAGGGUGAGAAAAAGAGCAUGCACGCGAUGCCGGAGUUUGUCUGGCUGAUUAAGUGCAUAUAUGAAAUGCAGGAUGUCGCUGUCGCUAAGGAUGCCCUGGCCAGGCUUGAGGUGGAGCACCUGAAGCUGACCUACUGCAACAUCGGACCAGUGGAGUGCACCGCCCUGGCAUACGUGUUACAGCACCUGCGGACCUCUGUGGGACUUCAGCUCGACAACAACUCUGUGGCCGAUGUCGGUGUGGAGCAACUGCUGCCCUGUCUGGAAAUCUGUCACUCAAUAUAUCUCAGGCACAAUAACAUAUCAGAUGAGGGAAUCCGCAAACUGAUUGACAAGGCUAUCCAGUGUGAGAAUCUCCAGAAGAUUGGUCUAUUUAAUAACAAGUUAACUGAUGCCUGCACAAAGUACUUCGCUGAACUUCUGAAAAGGAAGCAACAUUUUCUCUCAUUAAGGCUGGGGAACAAUUACCUCACAGCUGAGGGGGCGGAGCAGCUGGCAGAAGGCCUGAGAUCAAACAGAUCCCUGCAGUUCUUGGGGCUCUGGGGGAACAAGGUCAGAGACCGGGGGGCAGUGGCUCUCGCCCAGGCUCUGCAGGACAGCCCCAGCCUGGUGUGGCUCAGUCUGGUAGACAAUGGGAUUGGUAAUGCUGGGGCGUGUGCUCUAGCUGAACUCAUCAGGAGCAGUAAAACACUCGAGGACUUGUGGUUAACCAAGAACUGCAUCACCAGAGAAGGGGUAGAAUAUCUACUAAGAGCACUGGAGGAAAACACCACUGUGAAAUCAGUCUGGUUGAGAGGUAAUGAGCUGAGCCCAGAGGAGGUGGAGGAAGUAAUCCAGAGAGACAGCCGGGUAGUCUUCUGAGCUUGUUCAUCCUCUUUCAUUCAGGCUUCAUGAACUCAUUAAUACAGAGUUUGUGCUGUCAAUUACCAACCUGUAUGGCAGCCGUACUGAUCGAGCACAGUGUGUCCUUUGCUCUUGAACCAUGAACAUAACCUACAUUUAAAAUAUGUGCAUAUUUUUGUAUCCUUUGUGUAGGACUUAAAGAAAUAAAGACUGCUUAUGCAGUAUGUAUAGCAUUUUGGACAUGGAAAGGUUCUCAUUUAGUAUUUAAAAGUAUAUUUAGGUAGAUGUUUGGCAGAUUGAAGAAAACUUUUCCUUUGUCUUUCCUAUUGAAAUGAUUAGAGCAUCUUUCAGACCACUGCAAUGCUUUGAGGAAGCUUCUUGACUUCACAGCAAUGUCAUGACAAAUAGAGGAUAAUCUGUGUGGGCAACUAUAAAAAAAUAAA